AUGGCCAUCAAGGAGGAUCUCGAAGGCAUGUUACCCCCAGGCCUCGCAGAUGCGGCCCUGAACAUACCUGGUCUUGGUGCCGUCCUUCAGCUCUUCCUCAACAAGCUCGGAUUCGACGUCGGGAGUACGAUGUCAUUGUACCUCCUAUUGUUCGGACUUUGGCAAGGAGCGCAGUACAUGUAUGGUCUGGGACACAGUUAUCUGUUGGAUCACGGUACUGCGGCCAUUCGCAUCAAUGACGAUGAUGAUUUGUAUGCUCACUUCAUCUCCUGGAUAUCGGCACAGCGUAUGACGGCAAUCAGCCGGGAUCUAGUAGCUUCUUCGAGAAAGCCGAAAGCCCGUUCUGACGACAGUGAUGACGGGGACUCAGAUGAGGAAGAUGACGAUGAGGCUCUCGGUGAGUCUGGUAUCUUCAAUUACGACAAAUGGACUGGCACGAACCCGGUGUACUACGAGCCCAAUCUCGGUGACGACAGCUUCACCCAUGACGGCCACUAUUUUCAGUUCAAAAAAGAUUCCCAGGAGAACAAAUAUGCGGAGCGGAUCGACUACUUCAUUGUUAUACGCUGCAUGGGGCGUAGCACACAGCCCAUCAAGAACCUGAUCGCUCAUGUAAAGGAGUGGUCGGCAAACAGAACCAAAACCGUCACCAACAUCCAUCGGGCUGAUGCACGGCAUGGAGGUUACUGGGAGUGUCAAGCCCAACGUCCCUCGCGACCCAUCAGUACGGUCACUCUGGAUAUCUCGCAAAAGGAGCGGAUCAUCGCAGACAUCAACGAAUAUCUCCACCCAGCUACUGCGCGGUGGUAUGCAGCACGAGGCAUUCCACACAGACGAGGGUACCUUUUCCACGGGCCUCCGGGCACUGGCAAGACGUCGUUGAGCUUCGCGCUAGCCGGUGUGUUUGGAUUGAGAGUCUACUGUGCCUCAUUGAGUGAGCGUAACAUGGGAGAAUCUGACCUUGCGUCUCUGUUCAGCAUGCUUCCGAGUCGGUGUAUCGUCCUCUUGGAAGAUAUCGACUCGGCCGGUAUCCAGCGAGACAAGGGCGUUACAGCCGCAGAGCCUGAAUCUGAGACAGAAUCUGUAUCUGAUGCUGUAGCAGAGACUGAACCGCCACUAUCAGAGCAACACCCUCAGCAGGAAGACAAGUCGGACAAGAAAGCCGACGACAUGAUCAAAAUCGAAAAGAACAAGUCCUUCCGCCGCAAACUCACCCAAUCCCUCCGCACCCGCAAAACCCCAAAGACAGACAGCGAAACAACAACCCUGGUCUCGACAAAAGACGAAAUCCCCGCUUCCCCAACCACACAGCAACAACAGCCCCAACAGACCCCAAGCAUCCAAACCAAAACCUCCACCCCCAGCCCUCCCCCCGAGCCCCCAAGCGAAGAUACAAAAUCCAAAAUUUCCCUCGCCGGCCUCCUCAACAUCAUCGACGGCGCCGCCUCAAACGAAGGCCGCGUCCUAAUCAUGACGACAAACUACCCCGAGAAAUUAGACUCUGCCCUCAUCCGGCCCGGCCGCGUAGACUUGCAAAUCAAAUUCACACUAGCGACCCGCGAGCAGAUGCAGGAGAUAUUCCGCCGCAUGUACAGUAAUGACGCGGAUGUUGUUAUGAAACCUAAGAAUACGAACAAGACACCUACUGCUGCUGGAGUAAAGAAGAAGAAACAACAGCAUGCGAGUAAAGCCGGUGUUGCGGGCGGUAUUACAGUGCCAUUGCGACCUAGUUUCGUGACAUUAGAUCCGAAGAGGUUGAACGCCAUGGCGAAGCAGUUUGCGGAGAGUUUGCCAGAGGAUACGUUUUCGCCCGCGGAGAUUCAGGGGUAUUUGCUUAUGCGCAAGACGGAUCCUGAGGGGGCGUUGAGUGGGGUGCAGGAGUGGAAGGAGGCGUUGAUGGAGGCGAAGAAGAAGGGGAAGAAGGUUGUUGAGAUCAAGUAA